AUGAGGAGGCGUAUCUUACUGGUAUUUGGUUGUCCCGAGGGUGCUGCGCAAAACUCACCUCCAUGUUUGUCUCUUAGAGUGGAUGAGGAUGAGGACGACCUGGAGGAAGAACACAUAACCAAGAUUUAUUACUGUAGUCGGACACACUCACAGCUGGCCCAGUUUGUGCAUGAAGUACUGAAGAGUCCUUUUGGCAAGGAAACACAGCUAGUCUCCCUUGGUUCUCGGCAGAACCUUUGUGUGAAUGAAGAUGUGAAAAACCUGGGUUCUGUGCAACUUAUGAAUGACCGCUGCAUGGAUAUGCAAAGAAUCAAACAUGGUAUGCACAGGGACCUUGUUCUGAGCUAUGCUGGACAGAGUGGAAGUGGCAGAAAUGUGCUGGAGUUCACAACAGGGCAUGACAAUGAAGACUUUGUUAACCGGAGAUAG